AUGGACAAUUCGGGAUACUCAAAACUAAAGGAGCCUCCAAUUACCCCACCAUCUCGAGUUCAUGCAGCUUAUCCACGUGAAAAGCAUCAAAAGGUAGAGUGUGCCCCUCAGCCAAGUGAUCCAUUCCAAGAUUCGUCACUACCUCGCCCUUCACUCGCGGAGCAAAGAUUCGAGCUUCCAUUCACACUUCUCAGCCCAUUGAAGCCACCAGAAACAUCAGAUCAAUUCAAAAAUCCUUUCUUGAAUCUUCUUCCAAAUUCUCCAUUGAAUCCCCGUAGCAGCAAUUUCGAUCCGGAAGAAUGGAUCUCCAAUUUGGUUGCUUUCAUGGGACAGGAUCCGAGACGAUAUCCUCGGAGAAGUGCUGGAUUUUCUUUUGAAAAUCUGAGCGUCCAUACUUUUAGAAAACCAACUGACUAUCAGAAGACUGUUGCAAAUAUUGUGUUCGAAAUUGGCGCUUUUGCUCGCUGGCUGGUUGGAUCUGGGAAACAGAAGGUUCAGAUAUUGAAAGGAUUCGAUGGUUUGGUUGAGCAUGGUGAAAUGCUAUUGGUUCUUGGCCGGCCAGGAAGUGGAGUUUCUUCAUUCUUGAAAACGAUAUCUGGGAAUACUCAGGGACUUUUUGUCGAGCCGGACUCGGAUAUCAAUUACCAAGGAGUUUCUGUGAGUGAGAUGCACACACGGUUUCGAGGCGAAACAAUAUAUUUGGCCGAGUCCGAUAGUCAUUUCCCAGACUUGACGGUUGGUCAGACGCUACUUUUCGCGGCUAAAGCUCGAGCACCGUGCGAUUUUACUUUUCCUGGAGUAAGUCGAAAAGUAUACGCAGAGCAUAUGAGGGAUGUGAUGAUGAAAACAUUAGGUCUUAGUCACGUGGAGAAUGUACUUGUUGGAAAUGAUUCUGUGAAAGGUAUCAGUGGAGCUGAAAGAAAGAGAGUGAGUAUCGCAGAAGCAGCCUUGAGUGGAUGUACUUUACAGUGUUGGGAUAACUGUACCAGAGGUUUUGAUAACGCGCAUGUAUUCGAGUUUUGUAAGAUGGUUCGGCUUUCUACUACCCUUGGAAGAACAACCGCAUGCGUUGCUCUAUAUCAAGUACCUCAAACAGCUUAUGAUCUAUUUGAUAAAGUUACAGUUCUGUACGAGGGACGGCAGAUAUACUUCGGCCCAUGCCAUGAAGCAAAAUCCUUUUUCGUCGAUAUGGGAUUCAUUUGCCCUCCAUAUCAAACCACAGCAGACUUCUUGACAUCCCUUACAAGUCCAGAUGAAAGGAUAAUCCAACCAGGUUUUGAAUUCCGAGUACCACGAACUCCCGAAGAAUUCGUUAUGGUAUGGAAAACAAGCCGUUAUUAUGCAAGACUUAUGCAGGAACUUGAAGCUUAUGAAAACGAGUUCCCGUUUGAUGGGACUCAUGCGUUGGAUUUUGCGGCUGCGAGGAGAUCUCAACAUGCUAAAUAUCUGAGAGCCCAAUCAGCAUAUAAACGGAGUCCAAGACAACAAAUCAUUUUGUGUAUUGUCAGAGGCCUCCAGAGGUUACGAAGUGAUUUGAACCACACAAUUGUUGUUCUUGUAAUCAAUACUCUCAUGGCUCUAAUCAUGGGUAUCGUCUUCUACGAUAUGCCCGAUGAUACUAGCAGUAUGAACAAUAGAAUUAUGUCACUGUUUAUCACAAUACUAUUGCAUGCUUUUACAGACUCACAUGAGAUUCUCCAAUUGUCUAACCAACGUCUGGUGGUGGAGAAACAAGCGAGAUAUGCAUUUGUUCAUCCAUUCGCCGAAGCAUUUGCUUCAAUACUAUGCAGCAUACCAAUCAAAUUUUGCAGCAAUAUUAUUUUUAACGCCAUUCUAUACUUCAUGACAAGUUUGAGGAGAACAUCCGUAGCAUUUUUUACUUUCAUUGCCUUCUCAUUUGUCCUUAGUCUGACACUUUCUAUGGCUUUCAGAGCUAUUGGAGCUUCUUGUCGAUCGCACGCUCAAGCCAUCUUCUCAACGACAGUCGUUAUUCUUGCCUUUAUGAUGUAUGCAGGAUUUGUGGUGCCUCAGGUAAAAAUGGUGGCAUGGUUAGGAUGGAUUACAUACGUUGACCCGGUUGCAUACGCCUAUGAAAGUUUAAUAAUCAACGAAUUUUCAGGUCGGGUCUUUCCGUGUGGAAAUAUUGUGCCGAAUGGACCAUCUUACAUUAGUACAAGCCCUCAUAAUCGAGUGUGUGCUGUUGUUGGGGCUAUCUCUGGAUUUGAAGAUGUAUUGGGGACUAUAUAUCUUGAGCUCAGGUUUGGGUUCCAACCUAAUCACCUAUGGCGAAAUAUGAGCAUUCUAUUUGCCUUCAUGGCAUCUUAUAUGGCCGCAUACCUAUUCGUUAUCACUCAUAUAUCGGUGGAGAACAUGAAUAAGAAGAUACUGUUAUUUCAACGGGGACACAAACCUUUGCCCAAGAGGCAAAGGCAUCUUGAAAUUUACUCAGGAGCAGAUACGCAUAGGUAUGGUGGGAAUGGCGAUCCAAUAACCAGAAUCCAAAGACAAACGUCAACUUUUCAAUGGAAAGGUAUCUGUCUGGAUAUCAAAACUGGAGAUGGUAUACGUCGGAUCCUAGAUCAUGUUGAUGGUUGGGUAAAACCAGGGACUUUGACCGCACUUAUGGGUCCAACAGGGGCAGGGAAAACUUCGUUGUUAGAUGUUCUGGCGUCUAGAAGUAACGUUGGUGUGGUUUCUGGUGAAUCUUUUGUUGAUGGCUGCAUCAAAGAUAUAUCGUUUCAACGCAAAGUUGGAUAUAUUCAACAGCAGGACUUUCAUCUUUCAACAAUGACAGUGCGCAAAGCAUUACAGUUCAGUGCGAUCAUGCGUCAAUCGAGCAAGACUACCAAGAAAGAGAAAUUUGCCUAUGUGGAAGAGAUGAUUAAGCUAUUGGAGAUGGAUGUGUAUGCCGAUGCUAUCAUAGGAGUUCCUGGGUUGAACAUUGAACAGAGAAAGAAAUUGACCAUAGGUAUCGAGCUUGUCGCUAAACCAAAGCUUCUUCUCUUCUUAGAUGAACCUACCACUGGGCUUGAUAGUAGCACAUCAUGCGAAAUAGUUGAGCUUUUAAAAAAGAUGACAGCUCACGGUCAAGCUAUUUUAUGCGUGAUUCAUCAACCGUCUACAGCAUUAUUUCAACGCUUUGAUAGUCUUCUUUUUCUUGGCCCUGGAGGUCGACCAAUAUACUUUGGUAGGCUUGGUGAAAAUUGCGAAACUGUUAAGAAGUAUUUCGAAUCCAAUGGAGCAGAUCCUUGUCUCCCGGGUGGAAAUGUUGUUGAGUGGAUCAUGCAGACUAUCGGAUGUACUCCCGAUUCAACAAAUCUAGUCGAUUGGCCCGAAGUCUGGAGAACUAGCCAUGAAUUGGUCCUUGUUCAUCGAAAGUUAGAUCAUAUGAGAAAGGCAUUGGUUGCAAGAUCCAGCUUUUUCCUGACAGGAACUAAGAAACCACCUCAUCGGAAAGAAUUUGCUACGACAUUUGUGGUACAGGUCUGGCAAUGCUUCAGAAGGACAAACUCACACUACUGGCGGACUCCUUCUUAUGUUUAUUCGAAAAUCGGAUUAUCCCUUUUUUAUGCUCUAUUUAUUGGAUUCUCAUCCUUUAAAGAUGCAAGUUCUUUACAAGAUCUGCAGAAUCAAACUUUUGGCGUGUUUGUGCUUCUAACUUUAGCAUCUAGCUUCGUUGCGCAGAUUCUCCCAAAUAUUCUAGUGCAACGAGCUUUGUUUGAAGCGCGAGAGCGACCUGCGAAGAUUUACUCGUGGCCAGCUUUAAUUAUUAGUAACAUACUUGUUGAGUUACCAUGGAACACACUUUCAUCAAUUAUUGUAUUUCUGUGUUGGUACUAUCCUGUGGGGAUGUAUCGCAAUGCAAUCUUAACGAAAUCAAUACUUGAGAGAAAUGGAGUGAUGCUACUGCUGAUCUGGGUAUACCUGAUAUAUGCAAGCACAUUAGGAUACAUGGUACAAGUUGGUCUUGAGCUUACAGUGAUGGCUGGUAAUUUGUCUAAUGCUGCAUUCUUCUUGUCAUUGAUGUUUUGUGGCGUAAUCUCAGCGCCUAUAGCACUGCCUCAGGUGUGGAAUAUCUUAAGGCAACUUUCUCCGUUCACUUACCUUGUUGAUGGGAUGCUCUCCAUUGGCCUUGGCAACGUCCCAGUCACAUGUUCCCAGUUUGAAUCUCUUCAUUUCGAACCAGUAACUGGGAGUACCUGUGGCUCUUAUAUGGCUAGCUAUAUCCAAAAAGCGGGAGGCUAUCUCACCAAUCCUUCUGCAAAGAGUAGAUGUGUUUAUUGUCCCCUGAAAGAUUCGAAUGAGUUCCUUGCUGCUGCUGGUAUGAGCUAUACGAACAAAUGGCGAAACUUCUGCAUCAUGUGGGCUUAUGUGGGUUUUCAUGUCGUUAUGACUUUGUUUAUAUACUGGCUGGUUAGGGUUCCGAAGAAUUGUAAGGGGAAGCCGAAGGAGAAUUUGGACAGUUCAUCGGGUGCGAAAGAUGAACAUGUUAGUGAACCAAGUGGAGCUAGUCAUUCGGAACGGAGCUUUGUGAAAGUAAGUGGAUAUAAAGAGGACAGUCCUCAAUCUAGAAAGUGUGGUAGGUCUGAUGAUAUUGAGCUUGUUCAGAUGUGA